AUGACGAAACUCAAGAUGGAGAACUUGCACACCUACAACCUCCUGAUUGUGACAGUGAAGAACCAGGACAAGUUGCAUGCAGUACGACCUGGUUCACUCAAACCUCUGUAUGACUUUCGGAGGAUUUUUCACAAGCUGCCUCGCCUGGCGUCUUCUGACCCCACACAGGCGAAACGACUCAUUGUUGGUCUACACGAACGUCUAUGGCAUGCUCCAGUUGGUGAUGUUCGCAACAUCCUUCAAAGAUGUGGACAGCCAUGGGAAGUCGUACAACUGGCGGCCGAAGCUGUGGCAUCUUGCGCUGUUUGCCGCAAGUACUCUCGAGCAGGGCGACGCCCACAACAUCGAGGAGCUCAUCUUUCUCCAAGCUUCAGCGACUUGGUCCAGAUGGAUGUUUUUCAAUUUCAAGAUCAUCUUUUCAUGCUGGUGAUUGACGAAGCCACGAGAUACAAGGUGGCGACAUCCUGCCCUGUGCGAUACCUCAAAGAUAUCCUGGGAACUUUGAUGAAAUGUUGGAUUCGCUACUUUGGUCCGAUGAAGAUUUUCGUCACUGACCAACAAUCUGCACUGAUGACCAUUGAGGCUGGACAGGAGUUCCAACGACUUGGAAUCGAGAGAAGACCUGCAGGCACAACGACCAAGAAGCAAGGUCAGAUGCACACCACGACCGGUUUGGUUGAGCGCCACAUUGACCUGGUGAAGAUGUCCAUGCUGAAGAUCCAGGCCGAAAGUGGACGCUAUGGCAUCGAGUUGGAGAUGGAAGAAUUGGCUGCAGAAGCAGAGGCUAUGUCACAGAAUCUGACCAUGAGCGUUGGAGGGUACACCCCAUCCAUACUACUCUUUGGAGUUCUUCCACGUGGCUUCCUUGAACCUGAUGCUGAACAUCCACAUGGAGACAUCACUGCGGAAAGCAGCUUUGAACGAUCACUACGACUGAGGCAGAUUGCACUACAAGCUGCACAAGGAGCCAUACUGGAAUCCCGCAUUGCACGGGCAAAUCGCUCAAGACCUCAUCGCCUUGCCUUGGAAGACAUGGUCCCUGGCACUACUUCCAUUGAGAUCUUCCGUGAAGAUGGCUCUGGACAAGGAUGGAGAGGACCAGCUGUUUUGCUGAAAGUUCAUGAAGAAGCUGGCAACGCCAUUGUGGAGUUCCAGGGCAAACCCUACCUGAUGAGCCUGAGGCACAUUCGACCACUACGAGAUUCCUUCCUCAUCUACCUCAACGAGAACAGCUCCUUGACAUCAACUGAUGUGGAGAAGGCAGUGAAGAGGACGAAACAGGUGGGCGAUUGGAAGAUGGUCAAGUUCCCCAAGAACGACAGCCCACAGAUGCUGCGAGAUGCCAAAACUCUCAUGGAGUACCACUUCGAGCACAUCACCCUACAUGGCAUCCAAUACCUCAAACACAACAUUGAAGACCUUUGCCACAUCUACCUCUAUGGCUAUGUCAAGCACAACCACGAGGACUCAACCAUGCCUGCAAGAAUUACCCGAAGAAAACCUUUGCAGACUCCUGGACAAGAUCAACUACCUGAUGAUGGUGAGAUGGAAGUUUCCUAUGACCACAAGAGGAAAGACCCAGAGACAAGGACACUUGUCAUCGCUCCUGAGAAGAAGAAGCAGAAGAUCCUGUGGACUUCAACAGAACUUCUACAUCAACGAUCAAUCUGGUGGAUGAUGCAGAGAUCAAGAAAGAUCAACCUGGAGCCAACACCAAUUUGGUACGAGCUCGACGACCGAUGGAUACAGAAGAAAGCUGCAUCAGAAAUCAGGGUGAACAAAACCAACUACCUGCUCCACUUGCACUGCAAGACGGAAGCCUACCUCAACAUCGACCUCAAGGAUGGCCAGAUCUUCAGAGUUGACUCUGACACUGACACUCUGACGGAAGAUCAACUGAUCAACAACUGGCAAGACUUUGAGAACUCCAACCACCAGGAGCUGGAACAGUUUGUGAAUGAGAAGGUCUUUCGAAAAGUUCCUCUGGCAGACUUACCAGAUGAAGUUGUGGUGGUGGACGCAACUUGGGUACGAAAGUACAAGCGCAUGCCCUGCGGCAAGAUGAAAGCCAAGAGCAGACUUUGCGCUUGGGGUUUCUUAGACCCACAAAAGCAGGAGUUGCCCACACGUUCAACCACAGCUACAAGACUUUCUCAACGCCUCAUCCUCAGUGUGGCAUCCACACAUGACUUUGUCUUGGCCUCGCUGGACGUUUCUGGAGCUUUUCUGAAAGGGCUGACAUUUGAGAAGAUUCGCCAGAUACUGGCACAAAAGGGCUUGGCAUCACCACCACGCCGAGUGGUGAUAGUACCACCUCCAAAUGUCUGGAGACAUUUGUCUUCUUUUGACCCUUCCUUCAACGUGCCUGAAGAGCUCUAUGGCGCUUUUGGUUUGGAAUGUCUCAAACCUGCGUAUGGCCUGGUGGAUGCACCUCUGGCUUGGCAGAUGACUCUGCACCAGUUUCUGGAGGAGAACGGAGGAACGCAAUCACUGCUGGACGAUUGCCUUUGGCACUACAAGAAUCCUGACGGAUCCAUCAAAGGUGUCAUCAGGACCCAUGUGGACGACCUUGCCAUCACAUGCCGCCAGACUUUUCUGGACGAGCAGUUCAAGCUGACGACCAAAGCCUUCGGCAAGAUCUCCUUGCAGAUGACUCCAUUCACCCAUUGUGGAUGUCAAUACACCAAGAUUCCCAACGGGUACAAGAUGGAUCAACAAGCGUUUGUCAACGCCCUGAAGACCCAGGACAUCGAGAACACCAAGGACGGCAACAGACCUUUGACUGCUGCUGAAACAACAAAGUUCCGCAGCAUACUUGGUGGUUUGCUUUGGCUUACGGCCACACGUUUGGACCUGAUAGCCGACGUGGGCAUCUUUCAGUCCAAGGUCACCAAGGCCACUCUCAAGCAGUACGAGAACCUGGGCCUGAUCUUCAAGAAGUCCCCUAAGGACAUUCCUUGGAAGCUCUUGUGCAUCCAUGAUGCCUCUGCAGCAUCCAAGGGGCGCACAUACGCCCAAGAGGGAGUGCUGAUUUUGCUACCACCCGACAACAUGAAGUUCGACCCGAAGGUUCACACCAUCAACGGCGAGAAUGUGGAGGAGCAGAUCUUUGGAGGAACAGCACACAUACUGUCCUCUCAUGGCUCAAAGGCAAAAAGGGCAUCAUACUCCACAAGUCAUUCUGAGACUUUGGCUGCGAUCUCCGGUUUGGAGACUGCGACUUUGGUGAGCCUACGUUUAGCAGAACUCUUGAUGCCCGAGAAGAAGCCCACACUUCAACAGCUGGCAGCAUUGCAGGAAUCUGGCAUUCCCUACUUGCCUGUGGGCUCCUACACAGACUGCCGAGACUUUUGGUCGCUGACAGUGGACUUUGCCAACGAACCUGGCCAUGCAAUCGAAGCUCGACGGCUUCCCAAGAUCAAAGACUUCACUGAAGAUGAUUUGGAGCUGGGAGAUGACAAGUGGCUUGAGUCCUACAUGACUGCCGAGGACCUCCAGGCCAUCCAGCUCUAUCUACACUACAUCACAAAGUACCUGGACGACAUCAACUGGGUGGAACACCAAGGCCAAUUUUUGGCUGCUGAAUUUCCUGUGCUUCGCCAACGUGGUCAGCCGAGCGCAGCCGAGCAAGAUCUCUGA